AAGAACGCAGGAGGAUGUACUAUAGAGCAUGCUACUGGGAAAUAAACAGUCUGUGGAUUUAUUUUUGCCUUUAUUUUGUAAGAAGAAAAAGCAAUUUGUGACAUGGAUCUAUCUGUACUUUUUUCUGGCAUCUUCCUUGAGGAAAAGGAUAUUAUCAAACUGAACGACAUCAGCCAUCUGAAAAUUACAGAUACAGCGGCUGGAUAAAGACUUUGCCUGUUUUUUUGUCACUCUUUUACCUCUUUGCUCGGCUGAAGGAUUAAAAAACAUCAAAAAUGGGCUGCUCACCAUCCAAAGGUAACAAUUUUGGCACUCUGGCCAGCUUGAGGAAAGGGAGAAUGCUUCCCCCAGUACCUGUUGAAGGCGCUGGUGUUUCCCAGUUACAAAAUGAAGACAGUCGUAAUUUAACUGAGUCUACAAAUGUGGAUACCAAGGAGAAGAAGACAGCUGCACACAUCAAAGUAGCACAGAAAGAAGCACAAAUGACACCACAGAAAAAGAAACAUGUUGUUGAACAAGUGAACAUGGAAACAGGGAUCAAAGAUAAAUUGGAGAAUAGCAUGCCAUUACAGCGAAGAGAGAAAAUUGUUGACAAGCAGGAUUUAGUUGAUAAAAAGCCCGUCAAGAAAACGAGGAAAAAUCCCAAAAGUGCAAAGGCUCCUAAAAAGAAAGACAAGGACAAAGACAACCUAUGUACAGAUCAAAAAGUGGAUUUUCCAGAGCCUUUAGUAAUAGCUCAUCAAGCGGCCUACACCUUUUUGAAUCCAAGCAUACAAAAGUACGAUGUUUUACUAGGACUUUUGGAACAAGCCACACAAACUCAGAUUUCUGUGCAGCCGAUGGUGGCUUUCAUGGCUUCACGCUACAAGGAAAUGAUUCAGGCACUUGAAGACAUAGCAGACGAGGGAGAAAAGGUUUUAAAAGAAAAUGGAGGACAUCUUGCUUGGCCAGUCCAAACCAAACCCCCCACAUCUUCUGCUCCUUUGAAGUCCGGCUCAGCUAAAACGGAGCCCCCGCCUGAUUUGUUGCAGCAGCUGCUUCAGUAUACGACACAAAGAAUGAGAAACGUGAGUCGGACCAUCGGUGGAAUUGGGGAUACUGCUUUGGAGGAGGCGGUGGAGUACUUCGCUUCAGUCUCUGAACUUUUAGAGGAGAAACUGAAGGUCAAACAUGCGGUGGAGGCUAGAUUGAUGCAACUCUUAACCCGUAUUGAAAUGGCAUCCCUACGCAAACCUGGACCUGAGGAUUCUGCUCUGUUUAGCGAGGACAGUGGUAUCGGAGCAGAGAAUGAAUCCCUUGCUGGUUCUGAGAAACGCUAUAGACGGGAAAGCUGUGGGUCGACUGGGACGACUAGAACAAAUAUCAGUCAUACGGAGUACACUUCCAUGAACAGUGCAGCGCUGUCAAGGCAAAAGUGCCGGACUCAAAUAAGUCCAAGCGUUUCCCUCACCUCACUUAACUCACUUGGUUCUACAUGUACCAUAAUGCCAAAUGACCUAAGAGAUUCAUUGCUGGGAUCCGUCUCCUUAGACGAAGGAGAUGAUGACAUUGAUGAAGAAGAUGUGGAUAAGGGUGUUGGAAAUAUGAAAGUAGUUUUCAGAAAGCAAUCCAACGCAUCGCCUGUCAACAGUGAAAAACAUCCACACCGCCUUCCCCCAAAGCGCAUAGAGAAUCCUCAAAAUGUAGAAAUGACUCUCAAAAUGAAAAAUGCUAUAAGUGGUAGGAUAAACUUUGUUCCAACACAAAACGUUAGUGCUAAACCAAAGGCCGCGGACAGCCCAAAGGUCACUAGACGCGAGUGGACGGGCGAUGAGGUAAAAUCUCCCAGGAGACCUCAAACAGCCGCUCCAGUUCGGAGGGCGUUAGUGAAAAAGGCUGCAGUGAAUAGAGAGCAACGUUCCCGCUCAGCCGAAUCCCUGCGGAGUAAAGGUGAAGAUCCUACACGGCUCGAGCUGGAAAGGACCCAGAAGGAUUUACACCAAAGGUUACAGAAGAUGAAUAAAAGUAAGGGGGGAGGAAACUCCAGGACGGGUUCAUUUAAACAGAAUGAAGGGAAGUCACCAGCUCAAUCUCCGGCAAUGAAUCACAAAAUUCCACCAUUAGAUAAGAGCAGUAAUCCCCAGCCGAUUAAACAUAAAGAGGGCUUUCAAAUCUACCACGGUAAAAAACCGACGCAAACUGGGGAAUUGGACGAAGAUGAACAGAAAGAGAAGAAAACAUCCAAGGGUCCUGUGAAAGCCACCCCGCCCCCAAGCCCCCCAGCAUCCCCACGGCCGUCUUCCAGGCUCCAAAGAGGCAGAAACUCAGUCAAAAAACUGAUUGAUACCUUCAGCCAAGGAAUAGAGGAACUAGACGGCCCUAAAGUUCUUGGGCCUCUGAAAGGUGUGCGGAGGUGUGGUGUUCCAAUCUUGCCUGGUUUAGGAAAUGUCGAAGCUGUGCUCAGCUCUGGGAUAACCAGCUGCCGGCCUGAGGCGAAAACGUCAGAGAAAGGCGAUUAUCUAGAUCUGGACAGUCUCCCUCCACCUCCACUGGAAGUAUUAAUGGACACAUCCUUUGAAAGUCAUCCAAGUGGAUCGAAUGCAGCGGGAGAUGGGGCUACGAAAGUAGGAAGGUCCCCUGUGCUAAAAAGAGCUGCCGUACCACAACGACUGAGGGCCUCGGUUCAGUCUGGUACCGUCCUGCCAAGCAAAAGAGGCCUGCCACAAUCUUCCAAGUUUGUUUCUCAGUCCAAACUAGAUCAACAGGACACAACUGCCUCACCAAAGGUUAGCCAGUCAGAUGUUCAGUCAGGUAAAAGACCAGAAAUGGAAACAGAUUCCUUAAGCCAAGAGGCCAGAAUGAUUGCGCACCAGUGGAAAUCGUCAGACUGUAAUUCGGACAACUCAUCUACAAGUCAAGGGCAGUUAAAAGACAAACAAUGUGGCAACCUGUCAGUGCCUGGACCAAUUACCACAGACUCUACAGUGCCUUAUUCUACAGUCAUCACUAACCAGCCACCAGCCACCCCACCUGUGUCAAGAGUAAGGAUGUUACCUGCAACUCCUUCUACACCAAGCAGCUUUCAUCAAAGACUCUGCAGUCCCAACAGUUUAAGAAAACCACCUACGCCACCCUCAUCAGCUUCCCCCACUGUUGGUAGAACCCUUCCUACACCGCCAGCUGUUCAGAGGAGACUCCCAAGCUCGCCACUUACAAAGCAAAAGGAUUUAAUCUCUAAAUCUCCCUCUCCACAUUCCUUCAAAGCCCCAUCUCCACCAGCAUCACCAAAAGUACAAAGGUGGUCCAGGGAGAACAGCGGUGAAGACUCACCUAGCUCUCGGAUGUUCAGUAACGCACGUUCAGUCUUCUGCCCUAUGUCUGCAUCGAUGUUCGAGGCCCAGCCUUGUUCACCAGCUCAAGCAUGGGCUUCUACCAGAGUCACUAUUGUCUCUAGCAGCUCGGGAAGUCGGGGGAGGAUUUCUGCAUCUAUCCAAGGACCUCGGCCCUUCGUCCGACGUACCCAGUCCGACCGAAGGCGAAGCCUGUGUCUGCCACCAAGACCUCAAGGCUGCUCAGUGGCUGAGACAUGUGGGAGUGAACCUGCAAUAUAUUCAAAAGGGCUGGAUGAUGAGCCGACCAGGGACGAUGAAUUAUGGGGUAGCCGAUCAGACCUCAGCUCUACACCACGUUCUGCAUCACACCCAGACCUGUGUGUCGUCGGACAAGCUUUGCACAGGGACUGAAGGGACCGACACAGGCCCGCGGGAUUAUGGAUUACCAAACCUUACUGAGGAUUUAAGUCGAUACUGUUUACUCCACUGGGAAGAGAGGAGGAGCUCCUUCCAGUUCCUCUGCUGUGGUAACACACCUGCACAAGCUUUAUGCUGAAUGUAAGGUGUUCUGAUUUAUACUGGACUUCAUUUGUGUCAGUUUGAUCUUUGGUUUCAUGUUUACGAGGUACAGGAAUCAAAUGAAAACAAUAAAUAUUCAUUUUGGAGCUUAUUUGACACUAGUUCAUUUGGGAAAUCCGUGUGUAUUACACAACUAUCAGUUCAUACAUUUCAGAAAUUACAUAAUCUAAAUUAUAAGAAAUCGAUUGGCAGCUAAAGUGUCUUUUUUAUUUAGAAAAGCAAAAGUUGGUAGAAAUCUUUAAUAUUUGGGGACGCCUGCAAAAGGGGGCCUGAGCAGUUACUGGCAAAAUCUCCUAUUACUGAGUAAAAUGAAAAAAGAACCAUGUCCAGUUUCCACACCCACGUCAUUUUGCGUGAGGCCAGGGGCUCCUGCACAGGGAUUAUUGAUUAUUGAUGUAUUUAUUUUGUUUUGAUAACAUAUCUUUUUCUGCAUGUUGUAAUUUACUGCAAGCUGUUCAAAGUUUUCCCACCAAUUGUUACUGUCCUGUUUGGCAUUUUUCUUAUUUGUUUAUUAAUUAAAAAAGAGAAAAAAAAAGCACAUACAGUCAUUUUAUGUAAUCACUGUGCCUUUCUUUGAUAUUGCUGGACUUGAAUGAAAGACUA